GAUGAAUAACUGUAUUCACUGAAUUUGACAAAUGUUCAUAGAAUAGUUGUUGAUGUUGAUUUUCCUAAUGCUUGAUGAAACACAGCCACUCAGUUAAUUAGUUGGUGACCUACAAUCACGCAAUUAAUACAGUUUUGUUUUGUUAUUUUGUAAGGAUUCUCAAAUGUGAGGAACUGGCCAUCAUGUCACCGGUCAAGUCCCAGGGUAGAACGAAUGGGGUAAGACAGGGAACAAAGACGAGCAAAAAUGGGAGCCAGAAAAAUCUGGGAAAGAAUGGCUCCAAGGCAUCACAGCCUCUGUCGAAAGUGCAGAAAGGAAAAGGGAAUUCUGCAAAAGAGAAGCGAAAUAAAAAGAGCAUAGUAAGUCAACGUGAAAAAGACAUUACAAGUUGCAAAUCCAACAAAUCUGGGACUGUAACAAAACCGAUUACUACAAAAUCAGUAAAAGUCGACAAGAAGCUUCCAACUAAGUCUGUAAGCAAGAGAAGUGACGAUGAGACAGAAAGUGAGGAGGAGGAGGAGGAAUCAGAAAGUGAUGUAGUGAGCUCCGCAGACGCCACUGAACAGGGAACCAGUGACGACGAGAAGGAGGAACGCCAGGACACUGAUGAAGCGGCAGCUGAGACACAGGAUAGCGAACAGAGCAGCCAGGAGGAGCCUGAGGCAUCAGACACUCAGGGCGAUACAAAACUAACAAAGGAAGAAGCAGAUGAAGAGUCUUUAACUAAAUCUACAAGUGAGUCUGAGGUCGAACCAGCGACAUCGAGUACAGAGGAGGAAGACAACGAGAAGGAAGCUGAAGUACCUGAGAUCAUCCACAGCGACAGGGGUGAAGACAGAGAGCCAAAGCAGGAGGACGCGUCUGAGGAGACGACGGCUCCUAAAGUGUGGCAGCGCAGACCCACUCCGCGUCCCUCCAGGUCGGCACGAAGGCUCAAAUUUAAGAUGUUCAAGAAAUCUAAGGCGGAUGCGCAGACUGAGAAGGAAGAGAAGAAGCGGGUCAAAGCAGAAAAGCAAUGCUUGGAAAAGGAACUUAAACAAAGGGCCAAGGACAAAAAAAGGGGCAAAAAGAACAAUGAAGACAAACCAAGUUCAACUGAGGAGGCUGUGAAUAAAGCUGAGUCAGCAACAGGUAAAGCCCAAAAGACUGACAUGGCAAAAACUAAACGUGUCAGUAAAAAAGCUGCUUCUGAUUCAGAUUCAGAGGAAGAGGAGGAACCAACGCUGACCAAAGCCAUCAAAGGCCAAAAGCAAGUCAUGCUCCUCAAGGGUAAAAACUUUAAAGCCAUCCUGGAGCCUGGGGAGCAGCAGAACAAGGAACGCGAGGAAAAAGAGCAACCAAAGAGUUCACUGUUGGGAAAAGUCAAUGUGAAGUCUAUACAAGACAAAGCAAACAAGAUGAAGUUAGUAAAGCCUGAUGAAGACUCCUCAGUGAGCGACGUCAUUGACCAGGGCUCCAGUAAACCCAAAGAACGUCUGUUGGCGCAAAGGAAAGGGAUGACGACGCUGCGUCGAGUCUCUGGGUGGAUUCAACAGAAGAUGCCAAAGGGGUUAAACUUCAGGAGGAAGCUUUCUGCCUGGGCUAAAGCCAUCGGGGUCUCUCGCUGGCUCUCCCUUCGAGCCAUAAGACAGAAACAAGGCACCAAAAAACACAAGGCCACGAUGCUCAAACACAAGAUGGCCUUGAGAGCUGUCAGUAAAACCAGCCUGGCCAGUAGGAAGAGCAGGGGCGCCUCUGAAAAUACAAGGGCCCAGGAGGAAGCUGGCCCCCAGGGGCAGACGGAGGAGAGCGAGGGAGGGCCGGCCCCGGCUGGAAAGAAAGAGCUAGAGGCCAAAUACGCGGUGGUGCUCCCCAGGAUGAACAGGCUCAAAGCGGACGGGCUAAUGAUGGCAGCUGAGGUGGUCCAGGCGGCGCCUGACCCUUCCACCGCUGAAUCGCCAGGGGAGACCCCCGCUGCGGAGCGCAAACCCCCGAAGCCAGGAGCUAGGCUUGUACUCCCGGUGAAACCAGACCUCAACCUGCUGAGGACCAUCCAAAAGCCCCUGGCAGGAGGGUUAGGGUCGGACAGAGGCACGGCAAAGAGGAUCGCGGACUCUGUUGGUCCAAAAGGCUCAUCCGGCACCGAGGACGAGGACGGAAGAACUGCCCUUAAGGAUAAAAAGGAAGCCGGCGUGCUGCAGGCUGCGAGAGGAAAACUAGAUCCCUCCCAGGUCAACCUGGCUAAGAUCUCCUUAUCAGGUGGAACGUCAGGCGUUGGACCCGCUCGGCCGAAGGGAUCCGACCCAGCGAGAGAGAAAGCGGCUGGACUACUCCGCUCCAACACUCAGCUCUUUCCAAAUGGAGAAGAAAACACAGUGAUGCCGGGGAAUCGCUCUCUGUACGAAGAAGAGGCAGACAGAGAGGUGGCCCAGCUGAUGGGCGAGCGAGGCUUCUACGGUAUCACCCAACCGGGGGUGCACUGGGCCGGGAACCCGCGGAUGAGUGGAGAUCCGCAGGACUGGCUCCACGCUGAGAACCUGCUGCCCCACCAGACAGUGGAGAAGCUAACCAAGUGGACGGUCUAUGGCGAUGAGGAGCAGGCCAGGACCAUUCCUGCCCAGAACGGAAGGGGGCCCUGGGAGUCGGAGGACCCCACCCAGGAAAUGCUGGAGGGUAGACUAGUCACCACACGGGUGCUGAUGCCAGGCAGUACGAGAGCUGUGGAGGUGGAUGAGGUGGAGGACCUGUCCCAGCUGGAAGAGGUGUGUGAGAGCUCAGUGCUCCUGAACCUGAGGAAGAGGUUCCACCGGGACUGUAUUUAUACGUAUAUUGGGGACAUGCUGCUGUCCAUUAACCCCUUCAAGCACGUGAACAUAUACACGGGCGAGUUGAGGCAGAGGUACCGGGGCCACGAGCAGCAGAGGAACCCACCCCACAUCUACGCCGUCGCCGACGCCGCCUUCAACCAGUCCCAGAGAUCAGCACAGGACCAGUGCGUCGUCGUAAGCGGCCAGAGUGGCUCAGGAAAGACUGAGGCUACCAAGCUCAUAGUCCACUACCUCAGCACCACGUACAAGGGGAUGAACAAUAGCCUCCGACAGCCCAUGGAGGUCUUCCCCAUCCUGGAGAGCUUUGGGAACGCCAAGACCAUCCUCAACAACAACUCCAGCCGCUUUGGCAAGUACCUGCACAUCCACAUUCUCCACGGGGUUGUUGUGGGCACGUCGUUGUCCAGGUACCUCCUUGAGAAGUCCAGGGUGGUGUUUCAGGCCAACGAGGAGAGGAACUACCACGUGUUCUAUGAGCUGCUGGCAGGUAUGAACGACUGGGACAAGCAGGAGCUCUACCUGCAGGGAGCCGAGACCUAUUACUACCUCAACCAAGGCGGCGCGUGCGAGCUGAGCGGGAAACGGGACAAGCAGGACUUCCACACCCUGGGCCGGUGCUUCGAGACCAUCGGCCUCCGCGCGGAGCAGGUCGCCGCCGUGUGGGCGGUGCUGGCCUCCAUCCUGCACCUGGGCAACAUCUGCUUCAGCUCGUUCGAGAGCGAGUCGUUCGAGGUGGCCCGCAUCUUCAGCGAGGCCGAGGUCCGGCGCGUGGGCUCCCUGCUGCAGAUCUCCCCCGAGGCCCUGCAGACCGUCAUCACCCACAGAGUCACGGAGACGUCGUACGACAGGAUCUACUGUCCUCUGUCUGUGGAAUGUGCCAUAGAAUCCAGAGACGCCAUUGCCAAAGCCUUGUAUUCGGUGCUGUUCGACUGGUUGAUGGAGCAGAUCAACGACUGGCUGAGUCCCGCCGAGAUGGACAGCACCGUGGGGAUCCUGGACAUCUACGGCUUUGAAGACCUGGGCGUCAACAGCUUCGAGCAGCUGUGCAUCAACUUCGCCAACGAGCGGCUGCAGCAGUUCGUCAUCGACGCGGUGAUCAGCCAGGAGCAGGAGGAGUACAGCGCCGAGCGGAUCCAGUGGUACCCGGUGGCGCUGAGGAGCUCCCAGUCGUGCCUGGAGCUGAUCUCCUCCAGGCCUCACGGCAUCCUCCGAAUACUGGACGACCAGACCUGCCUCCCGCAGGCCACUGAUCACACCUUCCUGCAGAAGUGCCACUACCAUCACGGGAGCAGCCCCCACUACGCCAAGCCCAAGAGCCCGCUGCCGGUCUUCACGCUCUACCACUACGCUGGACCUGUCACCUAUCAGGUCCGCAACUUCCUGAAUAAGAACCACGAUCAGUUCAGGACAGAAGUGGUGGAGCUUUUUGCCCGGAGCCGCUUAAAGAUGGUGUCGGAGCUGUUCCGCCGCGUCCAGGACAGCUACGUCCAGCAGCGGGAGCUGGGCUGGAGGGGGAAGGGCCUCCGCCAGCAGCCCUCCACCGCCGCCUCCCACUUCCUCCAGUCGUUGGCUGAGCUCACGGCGCGCCUGGAGAGGUGCAAAACUAGAUUUGUUCGUUGCCUAAAGCCAAAUUACGUCAAGCUUCCUGGAGUCUUCGACGUGGACUAUGUGUCAGCCCAGCUGAGGCACGCAGGCCUGCUGGACACCAUCCGCUUCAGGAAGGAGGGCUUCUCCGUCCGGAUUCAGUAUUCCUGCUUUAUUGAGAGGUACGGGGUUCUGCUGACCCAGCGGCUGUGCGACGCCUCGGACCGAGAGCAGACGGUAGCGCUGUUGGACGUGGUGGGUGCAGAGGAGCAUCAGUAUCAGCUGGGCCUCACCAAGGUGUUCCUCAAGGAGCUGUUGCACCAGCAGCUGGAGGAGAAGUGGACCAGCACUCAGACCUGGGCUGCCAUCACUAUUCAGAGGAACAUCCGGGGCUUCCUCUGCAGGAGGAACUUCAAGUUCUUUAAGCAGAAGGCCAUCGUCAUCCAGAGCCACAUCCGGGGACACCAGGCCAGGAAGUACUUCAAGCGCCUCAAGCAGUCCAUCAGCCAGUUCUGGGCAGUAAUGCUGAUCACCAGAAACACCAUCAAGAGGCACCACUGGAGAAAGGAACUGAACGAGAGGAACAAAGUGAAAGUGACAAAGACCAAGUCUCUCUCUCCAGACAUGGAUGUGGGGAUGCUGGAGAUCCCCGCUGAGCUGUCAGCCAGACUCCGCAGCGCAGCAGGGCGGCAGCAUGUGCCAGGCGUCACAGAAGUUGCACCUCCGCAAGUGAAGGCCGAACAUAAAUUGACUUUGCCUCAGGACAUCGACAGAUAUCCAUUCUCUCGUUAUGUCAAGUCUGUAAUAAAGGACACGUGGUGCCAGGCUCAGGGGUAUCCCAUCCAGAGACCGCUCACGCCUCUGGAGCCUGAAGAUGCAAGAACCGCACUGGAGAUCUACAAACUGAUCUUGAGGUUUACAGGUGAGUCAGACCUCAGUGGUUGGCAGGAGCAGAUGCUGGGUAACUACAUCCUGGAGAAGGGCCAGACCCGUCCGGCUCUGAGGGACGAGAUCCUGGUCCAGCUGGUUUACCACAUUUGGGGCCUGAAGGAGGAGCAGGACCGCCGGAGAGGCUGGCUGCUGCUGGCCUGCUGUCUCAGCACGUUCACCCCUUCACCCACCCUGGACAAACCCCUGCUCAAGUACGUGUCGGACCACGGUCCAGGGGAGUACCGCUCACUGUGCCAACACAAACUCCUCACGUCCCUGCAGCUUCCAGCUCCCGCCGCUCGCGUCUACCCACCCACGCAGCUGGAGUGGACCUCCAACCAACGGAAAGGCACCAUGCUGCUGGACGUGCACACCUUCAACGAUGAGAAGCUGACGAGCGAAGUGGAGUCGUGGACCACUGGAGAACAGCUGGCCUCCUGGCUUCUUCAUUCCGGCGGCGUGUCGGAGCCCGUGCAGGGCUGGUCGCUGUCUCUCCUGACGGACGACGGCUGGUCGGACCUGGCCGGGUCGGACUUCGUCAUGGAUCUGCUGGCGGGCGCAGAAGCUGAGGUGCUGCCGCCAACGGGGGCGUCCACGCCCGCCAACUCUGACUACCUGUUUAGCAGCGAGGGAGACAGGAUGCCAGCAAUGGAUAUGGACAGCAUCCCACCAGCGCCGCCCAUGCAAGCUCCCGGGCUGCCGCCUUUCGAGGGGAACCUCUGGAGAAGAGAUUAUCCUCAGGAAGGACGUGGUCGACAGAUGGACGCCUAUGUUGAUGACCUGUUUGAUCCCGUACUUGACCAAGGACCUCCGGACAUGGCUAGAGUCGACAUGCUGAAUCGCAGGAUGAGAGGAGGAGGAGGGAUUGGACCGAUGCAGCCUGGGAUGUACGGCGCUGGUAUGCCUAUGACGAUGCCAAGCUAUCCUAUGGGAAUGCCAGUUAACCCCUCCAUGCCUUAUGGAGCUGCCCCUAUGAUGCCAACCAUGCCAACCAUGCCAGCUAUGAUGAUGCCUCAGGCUCCAGUGCCUGCUCCUCCCGACCCCAUGCAAAUGGCAGCGACUCAGCAGGCCCUCAUCAACCAACAGGCGCUUCUCAUGGCCCAGCAGAUGACGAUGCAGGCGAUGAGUUUGUCCCAGCAGCAGACAGAGGAGCAGAAAAGGAAGCAGGAGCAGGAGAGAAAGAAGGAGGAGGGGAGAAAGAGGGAGGAGGACAGGAGGAGGGAGGCGGACAGAAGGAGGGAGGAGGACAGGAGGGAGGAGGACAGAAGAAGAAGUCAGUCCAGACGGCGUUCUAGGGAACGCUCACGCUCCCCCUCUCCUCAAACUCCCUCACCCCCACCUGCCAAGCCCAAGACGCCCGCACCCAAGCACAUCCACAAGCCAGAGCCAGAGACGGACGAGGACCUACCAGAUCCAGAGGACCUGCACUCUUUUAAAGAUAAGAGGGAAUACUUCCAAAAAAUUGGUGAUCAAGGUCAUUCCAAAAGCCCAAAGCCUCGACCCGCCCCCUCCAGCCCACCCAGACGGCCUAAGGCCCCACCGCCAUCACAGCAGGCCCCACCACCACCCACAGCACCCAAACCCGAUGUGAAGGUUCCCCACAGCCCGCCAGCCGAGAAGUCUGACCCCCCGGCCCCAGCUCCUCCCCCCGACCCUCGCCCCGAACCCACAUCCAAUAUCCGCGAGAUCAUCAAGCGGUACAACAGUCGACCACAGCCGGAACCGAAACCCUUUGAACCUGUCAGACCUGCUGCAAAGCAUUUCGCGAGAAAGACUGACCCCAGAGAGGAAGCGUUGGCCAAACUCAAAAACAAAACACCGCCGUCGCCCAAGGAGAAGGACUCGCCUCCCUCCACCAGAGGCCCCCGUGUCAUCUCCAACAACAUGCGGCAGAAGCAGCAGUCGCUGGAGGAUCUGUUUGGCUCCCAGCGCUCCCGGCAGCCGCCUCCGCCCCCGGACACCCCUCCACCCCCACCCCAGCCAGCACCCGCCUACCCGGACAUCCCCGAGCCACCGCCCAUGGCUGCCCCCUCUCUUAAUGCGAUGCCAGAUGACGAGGGCAUUCGCUCCAAGCUCCAUCGCUUCUCGGCCGGGGUCUAUUUCUCUUACUCUGACAUGCCAGGAAAACUUUUACUGCGGAAAGAAGUGUUUUACCCUAAAGAGACGUUCAACAAUCACUCCAUCCUCAAUCUGUUAUGUGAGCAGAUCAUGAGGGACACAUACUCUGACAGCUGUAUGAGGAUCAGCAGAGACGAGAGGAGGAAGAUGAAGGAUUUGCUCGCAAAUUUCAGUGUUGGGACCACGGCAAGCACCAUUCGAGAUGACAAUAUGAAGAAAAGGAUUGUUGUUGCUGCCCGGGACAACUGGGAGAACUACUUCAGUCGACUGUUUCCAGUAACGUUGGACAGUGCAGACGCUCAGGUUUUGGGUGUGUCUCACCGUGGAAUUCGUCUGUUGAAGAUCAUCAGAGCGUCGGGCAUCAAACCCAAACACCUCCACCUGCUCAGAAGCUACAGCUUUGCAGAGCUGCUGGCCGUCGACCUCCAGGGCGCGGACACAGUGAGACUGGAGCUGAAGACUGAGAACUUGGCGCUGCAUUCCACCAGAGCUCCUCAGAUGACGGCCAUGAUCCAGUUAUUCCUCCAAGAGCUUAUCAAGGAAUCAGGCCACGUCGUUGCACUCAAGAGUUAUGUGACAGAUGACAAGAGUCUGCUCACCUUUAACAAAGGUGACAUCAUCAAACUGCUGCCAAUGGAAGGACUUCAAAUAGGCUGGCGCUUUGGCACCGUGGGAGGACGCUCUGGCAUUUUCCCAGAGGACCUCACUCAGCCGUCGGCAGCACCAGACUACCACUGUCUCCACCUUUUCCAAAGAGAUGACCGAAGGAAAAGCAUGAGGAGCACUCGACCCGGUGCCGAUGCCGAGCGACCCAGCAGCCAGGCCUCGUUCCAGAACUCCGUACAGGGACUAGUUCUGAGAUCAGAACGGAGCUCAACUCAAGGCUCAGUGUACAAGAUGGAGAUCUCCUCUGCCAUGGUUGACUUUGCUAAGAAGUACUUUAGACAGGACAGUACAGGCCAACCAGUCAGUGCAAAGAGCUUUUCAGAAGCUGUUCAGCACACUGAGGUCCCCAUUCAGGAGUCCCUGCUUUUCUACCACGAUCCUGAAAUGAAUCAGCUUUCAGUCCAGGCUUUCACUUACCUAAUGCAGUUCAUGGGAGACGUGCCAAUGAAGAAGACAAACAUCACCCCAUCAAACUGCAUAAGCCAUAUCCUGUUGCUCGGGAAAGAGAAGGAGCUGCUGAGAGAUGAACUCUACUGCCAGGUCAUCAAACAAACCACCAACAACCCCAACAAGCUCAGCUGCGACCUCGGCUGGCGGCUGCUCACUUUGGUCGCCGGGUUCUUCCCCUGCUCUGCGAUCCUGCUGCCGUGCGUCACGCAGCACCUGCAGGACGUCUGUCAGGACAGCCAACACCCCUACGGAGAACUUGCAGGGCUGUGUCAGGAGAACCUUCAGAGAUCUCUCAAUUUUGGUGCUCGCCGCAACAUCCCCUUAGAUGCAGAGAUGGAAGCCAUUAUGGCGGGCAAAGGGUCUUUUCAUGCUUCUAUCCAGCUGCCAGGAGGAGUGGACUUUCCCAUGGAGAUUCACAGCUUCAGUAUGGCGGCAGAUGUGGUGAGGGAGUUCUGUGCUGAAAUGGGCAUCUCAGACGUCACAGAAAUGGGAGAGUUCUCCAUCUUCAUCAGCAGAGUUCAAGAUGGCCUGAAGCGGCCCCUCCAUGCUGAGGAGUACCUGCUCGACUUCCUGCUGGAUGACGGCUCCCUCAUCUUGUUUCUUAGGAGAGUGAUGUGGAGAGGCCCUCUGUCCUUCAACAAUGACCUCUACAUGGACUUCCACUACCAGCAGCUUCUUGGUGACUAUCUGAGUGGGCGCCUGAUGCUGCCUCCUGCUACAAAUGGUUUCGCAUCAGUCCAGCUGGUAGCAGAGCUAUCGGCUCUGCAGCAUGUGGCUCUGGGAAUAGAAAACCAGCCUUCACUGCCGGAGAUAAUAGAAUAUCUGCCCUCGCAGAAUGGGCUCCACAGUAGACGUGAGGAGAUCCAUUCGUUCUGUCUGGGUCAGAUAGCUGCCAUGCACUCCCUCAGCCCUCAAGAUGCCAAAAUACGUUUCAUUGAGGUUCUAAGCUCUCUGCCUUUGUUUGGAUCCAACAAUUUCUUGGCCCAGAAGGUCAACCAGCGCGGUUGUCCCUCCCCCUGUAUGGUCAGCAUCAGUGAGGAGGGGGUGCUGUUUCUGAACUCUAAAACCCAGGAGAGAGCAUUUAUGAUUCCUCUAGCAGAAGUUCAGUCCAUGUGCACCAUCCGCCUCAAAAAACCAAGCAAAGUGCCAGCAAUGGAAAUCAAUUAUGGAAAUCCAGCUCGUCCCAAAGCAAUCACCAUCUAUCUCAAAGAGACCAAAGAGUUGUGCCACACCCUCGCUGUGAUCAUGGAAGAGCUGUUCCGGCCACCAGUUAACAGCUCAAUUUAAAAUUGCUAGUACACACACACAGAAAUGAAAGUGUGCUCUUUUUAUUUUGAUUAAACAGACUGAACAGAGCGCUGAGUUUAUGAUGCUGAUACCCUCUUCAGUGUUAUAUGAUCUGAGAGGGAAUGAUGCAAAGCUGAACAGUCUUUAUAGUAAAACAUAAGUCAGGGACUGACCUCAUGCACUACAUACUGGACCAGUAAGAAAAUCAAUUUUAUUCCUUUUAUGCUUCAGAUUUUUUUGACAUUAUUGUUUAAAUGUAAAGUUUUUUUCAUGAAGCGUUCUUGUAAUAAUAUCUCAUGACAUAAUUUAUAAACAAUAAAACACAUCUUGAUUCAG